GCGGGCGGCGCGGGUGCGCAUGCGCGGGGGGCCCCGCGGCGGAGGUAGUUGUUUCCAGGUCCAGCAGCUGAGUGCAGCUGCUGCAGCCUCCCAGCAUGGCCCACCAGAAGCGCUUGGCCUUCUCCAUCAUCCAGUUCCUGCAGGACCAGCUCCAGCACGGGGGCCUGUCCCCAGAUGCUCAGGAGAGUCUGGAAGUGGCCAUCCAGUGCCUGGAGACAGCCUUUGGGGUCUCCAUGGAAGACCAAGGCCUGGCUGUGGCCCAGACUCUGCCAGAAAUCUUUGAAGCUGCUGUAGGGAAGGAGCCUGAGCAUCUCAGGACAAACUCAGAGCCCGUCACCCCCUCUGAAGAUGAUGUAGCUGAGGCUGAAAGGCUCAAGACUGAAGGGAAUGAACAGAUGAAGGCAGAAAACUUUGAAGCUGCUGUGUCCUUCUAUGGCAAAGCCAUUGACCUGAAUCCCUGCAAUGCUGUGUAUUUUUGCAACAGAGCUGCUGCCUACAGCAAACUGGGAAAUUAUGCUGGAGCAGUGAGAGACUGUGAAAGGGCCAUUGGCAUCGACCCCAACUACAGCAAAGCCUAUGGCAGGAUGGGGUUGGCCCUCUCCAGUUUAAAUAAGCACACGGAAGCUGUGGUUUACUACAAGAAAGCCCUGGAGCUGGAUCCAGAGAACGACACCUACAAAUCCAACCUGAAAAUCGCGGAGCAGAAAAUGAAGGAGACUCCCAGUCCAACGGGUGGUCCUGGAGGAUUCGACUUGGCUGGUUUGCUGAACAACCCUGGCUUCAUGAGCAUGGCAUCCAACCUCAUGAACAACCCACAGGUGCAGCAGCUCAUGUCAGGGAUGAUCUCUGGUGGCCACAACACCAUGGGGGCCACGGGCACCAGCCCCUCCACCAACGACCUCGCCAGCCUCAUCCAAGCGGGCCAGCAGUUUGCCCAGCAGAUGCAGCAGCAGAACCCUGAGCUAAUAGAGCAGCUGAGGAGCCAGAUCAGGAGUCGAACUCCAAGUGCCAGCAACGAAGAUCAGCAGGAAUGAGCCCUCCAGGGGAUUUGAGGGACACUUGAUCUCCUCAAAGGCUGAACCUGCACAUCUCUUGUCUCCCUGUCCCUGCAGAGCAGCCCCUGGGAACUGUUCUUUGCUUUACAAACUGGAAGCCAUGUGUGUGUUGCCAUUUCUGGAGUUGGAAGUGUCCAAGAGGGGGGGGAAGAAAAAAAACAAGGAAAAACAAAA